UUCCCAGCAGCCCGUGCGGUGCGGCCGCAGCGAUGGCGGCGCUGAGCGGACGGUCGCCGUGGCGGCGGGGCUGGCUGCCCGCCCUGCAGCUCGUCCGCCGCGGCUCCAAGGCCGUCACCCGGCACUGGAAGGCCAUGCACUUCCAGCGCCAGAAGCUGAUGGCCGUGACUGAGUACGUGGCCCCACGGCCGGCCGUCCCACCGCGGUGCCUGGCCCCCACCGAGGAGGACCCUCAGGAGGACAACGGCUACGCACGGCUGCUGCGGCGACAGGUACAGGAGGUGUUCCGGGACAACAGGAUGAUUGCCAUCUGUCAGUACAACUCCAUGCCCGGCGAGGAUAUGAUGCUGAUGAGGCACUACCUCCGCAAGCACAACAUCGAGGUCAAGUUUGUCCUGAACGAGAUUGUCAGACCCGUGCUGUCACAGUCCAAGUACAGGAACCUUCUCCCUCUUUUCGUGGCACGCAACAUCCUCCUGGUGAGCCCGGAAACCAAGGCGAGGGAGAUGCUGCGGGUGCUGAGGGGAGUCCCACAGAUCAACCUUCUGGGCGCCUGCAUCGAUGACACCAUCCUGAGCAGGCAGGGUGUGGAGAGCUUCGCCAAGCUGCCCUCGCUGGAGACUGCGCAGGGGCAGGCGCUGGGUGCCCUGGGCCUCCUGCCCUCCCAGACAUCAUCCGUGCUCCAGCGCUGCUCUGCGCACCUCACAGCUCUCCUGGACCAGCACAUCCGCCAGCUCCAGGACAAGGAGACAGGGAGCCAAGCCGAGCCCAGCCCUGCCCCUCAGAGCUCAGGGACCCACUGAUGCUGACCCCUGUCCCCAGCCAGGCCCUGUGUGUCAGCUCCUUCACCAGUUGCAGCUGGAAGGGCUCAGAGAGCGACAGUUUGGCCCUGGGUGGGCAGCCAGCAGCGGGACUGAGGCUCCUGUGGUAUCACUGGUCCCUUUGGGGACCCCUGGCCUUUCCCUUUGCUCCCCACUCCUCACUCCGCUGGCACCUGGGAAUGUCCUGGCUGCAUUUUGGGUGCUGUGGGGCUGCAGAGGGAGGAUCGCAGGGUGAGGGAUCCAGUGUGGCUCAGGUGCCCUCUGGAGCAAGGGGAGCAGAGCAGUCCUGACUGAACUGGCUCCAGGAUCCUGACCAUUAAAGCAUGGUGGUGGUGGAGACUA